AUGCUCCGCGCCGCCGCCCUCAGCACGGGCAAAAAACUGCACGUCGGUAUCGUCGGCGCCGGAUUCGCAGGUCUACGCGCCGCCGAUGUCCUUGUCUCCCACGGCCACCGCGUGACCAUCCUCGAAGCCCGAAACCGUGUUGGUGGACGAGUGGGCCAAUCCAAUCAUCUAGGACACACGGUUGAUCUAGGACCGAACUGGAUACAUGGAACAGAUGACAAUCCGAUUUUCGAUAUUGCGAAGAAAACGGAUACGCAGCUGCAUUAUUGGGAUGAGAGACAGAGGGUUAUAGAUACGUGUGGAGAAGCGCUGAAUAGCGAAGAAGCAGAGGAAUAUGGAAGGAUCAUCUGGGAAGAUGGACUAAUCAGUAAAGCCUUUGCGUACAGCAGGGAAAACACCGCUACCAUCGACGCAUCAGCAUCGCUUAUGGAUUUCUUCACUGAAAGGGUAGGAGAGUAUUUUACUGAUUUGGAUGCGAAAGAGGCGGAAAGAAAGAGGAACACACUGCUCAACAUUUGCGACUUUUGGGGUAGUUAUGUGGGUUCUCCGACUAAGAGGCAGAGUUUGAAGUUCUUUUGGUUGGAGGAGUGUAUUGAAGGUGAAAAUCCGUUCGUGGCAGGGACAUACACGAAGAUCUUGGAACAUGUGGCCAGACCUGCGUUGGAGAAGGCAGAGAUCAAAUUUAACACCAAAGUCACUGGCAUCACGGGGAGAAAGAGCCAGGAUGAGAACGUCAAAGUGGAAGUGGAAGGGGAAGGGGGAGAGAAGUUUGAAUUCGAUGAAGUGGUCAUGACUGCACCGCUAGGAUGGCUAAAGAGGAACAAGGAUAUCUUUGUGAAUGGCUUGACGGGAAGAUUGGAGAAGGCCAUUGAUUCGAUCGGCUAUGGUGCUUUGGAUAAAAUCUACAUCACCUUCCCCUCCGCCUUCUGGGAAAACACCCCCUCCGAACCCUCAGGAACUUCCACCCUCCCAAUCGCAAACUCCCAAACACCAAACACAACAGCAACAACAACACCCCUCCACCAAGCCCCCUCACAGCCAACAUCAAACUACCCAGGCUUCACCCACUGGCUCAAACCCACCUACGCCAACGACACAAACCCUCACCAAUGGGACCAACAAGCCAUGAACCUCGCCGCUCUCCCCAGCCCCUCGGCCCAUCCUACCCUCCUCUUCUACAUCUACGGCCCUUGCUCCUCUCACAUCGCCUCUCUCGCUGCCCUCCCCCAACCCUCCCGCGAUAAAUCCCUGUUAUCUUUCAUCUCACCGUAUAUUUCGCGUCUACCUUCCUAUAAUCCCUCCUCUCCUGCCUGUAUGCCCUCCUCCAUCUUCGCCACCGCAUGGGCAGGCGAUGAAUUUGCUGGCUAUGGCAGUUAUGCAAAUUUUCAAGUCGGGUUGGAAAAUGGAGAUGAGGAUAUCGAGGUCAUGAGGGAAGGAAUGCCCGAGCAAGGGAUUUGGAUCGCUGGCGAACAUACUAGUCCGUUCGUUGCGUUGGGGACGGCGACGGGGGCGUAUUGGAGUGGUGAGAGGGUCGGGUUGAGGAUUUUGGGUAAAGGACCGGAGGAGGUGAGUAGGGAGGUUGCUGAGAAGGAAGGAGGGAAGGAGAAGGAGUAG